AUGGAGCAUCCGGCACACCAGGCUGCUAUGUGGACGCCACCUCCGCGGCAUACACUCAAAUGUAACGUAGAUGCGGCAUCUUCCAUCGAAGGAGCCAGCUAUGGCGCUGUGGUCCGGGACCAUGCCGGUGAUUUUGUAGCGGCGAAAAGCGGACGCAUCGAGGGGAUCGUUGACCCAUACAUGGCUGAAGCGAUCGGUGUCAGAGAAAUGUUGUCGUGGCUUAAAGAGCAACACCACAGGAGUAUAAUUAUUGAGUCUGACUGUUUAAGUUUCUGUAAUGCUUUUAAUUCUAGAUCUUUUGAUUUGUCCUAUGUUGGUUUGAUAGUUAAGCAAUGUGUGUUGAUUGCUAGGGACAUUGGGGAUGUUAGCAUUACCCAUGUCAGGAGGUCAGCGAACUGCGUGGCUCAUGAGCUAGCUCGGGCAACCGGUUCUACAGCAUAUCUCACCAAGUUGUAUUGCUCGUUUUUUCACUCAGUAAUGAAGUUCUUUCUAUUUGCUUCAAAAAAUUAG